AGUUGAUGUUAAGCAAAGAUGACAUUUAAUCUGUAUAUCCAACCAGCCAAUCACAUCCAUCCCACCCCGCCAAUAUCAGCGGAAGAUCGAAAGCUUCGAACUCCGCAACGACCAAGCUCUACCACUACCUACUGACAAGAUACCCAAUUCCACUCCACCCUAUAUAUUAUUCCAGUUACAGAAUUGAUCCAAGAGCAGAAAUAUGGCAGAAGCAGAUCAACCCGUGGAAUCACGAGCAAGACACAUUGUUUACUGCGGAGUUUGCACUCUUCCACCAGAGUACUGCGAAUUUGGCGGCACAUCCAAAAAAUGCGAAGAAUGGCUUGAGAAGACGUACCCAGAUCUACAUCAACAAUUAUACUCUGAAGAAGCAAUAAACGCCAACCUCUCAACCCUCUCCAUAACCGCGCGCGAAAAAGCAGCCAAAGACGCCGCCAAAAAAGAAGCCAAAGCCCUCCAAGCCGAAACCCGCGACGCAGAACGCAAAGCCUCCUCCAAAAUCCAAAUUAAACGUGUUGAACGCAACAAACGGAAAUUCGUUACUGUUGUUAUUGGUUUGGAGGCCUUUGGUUUAGAUCUGAAGAAAGUUGCGAAAGAGUUGGGCAAGAAAUUUGCGACGGGGUCGAGUGUCACAAAGUCUCCGGCGGGAACGGAGGAGAUUACUGUUCAGGGGGAUGUGAGUGAUGAUUUAUUUGAGUGGUUGAUUGAUGUGCAUGGGGAUAAGGUCCCGGAGGAUAAUGUGGAGUUGAUUGAGGAUAAGAAGAAGAAAGCCGCUGCUUGAUUUGAUCCAUUUCGUGGUAUAUGCAUUAUUAUACUAUGAAAAGAAUAGAAAUAUAUGCUAUGACAAUGGGUAUAAUGCGAUAGAAGACUCAAAGUUCGUCGAAUAGGCGGAGAGGAUCGGGGGGGUGGCUUUGAUGGGAAUGUAUAUUCGCAGAUGGAUGCUCGAUUUUGUCGGUGUUGGCUUCUGGUGAAUGUUUUGUGAGCAGUGGUGAUUUCAGGAAUGUCUUGACGUCGACAUGAACAUCAGUGCUAUGUGUGUCGGACAAAGACUGCGAGGACGUAUCGAUCUUCGAGUCAAGGUGUUCAACCGACGAAGACAUAGAUGUCGAAGUAAAUCGAACAAUAUACGCAACAAUAAUCACCAACACUAACCCCCCGAGAAAUCCUCCCAAAACCCUCAAUCUCCGACUGACCCUUGCCUGCCACUCUCCCUCUCUCCUUUCCCAUCCUUCAAUCUCCUGUCGGACUUUAUCAAGUCUAUUCCCCAAAUCCUCCAUCUUGGCCUUCCCAGCUUUCAUACGACUCUCCAAUUCAUCUAUCCUCUGCCGUUGAGGAUCGAAUUUUGCGAAAUCUGCAAGCUGUUUGCGUAUGUCAGACUCAAGAUUAGAAUUGUCGCGUUGGAAAUUCUCGUGUAAUGCUACGCUGGAAUCGACCAGUUCUUGGAACGUGUUGAUUGUUAAGUGGAGAGUUGAUAUCCGUUCGAGAAGGUUGUAAUAUGUAUAAUCCAGUCGCCGCGUAAUGUCUGUUGCAAGCGUGCCUAUGGACGCAAGUUUUGAUCUCAGGAUUCUACUCUUC